AUGCCCCAUCAUCGCAGAGCUUUCACAAUUAAAGAAAAAGGUGCCAUUAUAUGUAGAUUGGAAAAUGGAGAAUCUAACUCGUCUCUUGCAAAAGAAUUUGGUGUUGGACAUUCCACUAUUUCUAUGAUUUUUAAGAAUAAAAACAAUGUUGAGAAAUCAUUUAACUCAAAUGUUCUAAAAUCAAAGCGUAUUCGGAAAUCAACACAGGACAGUGUUGAAAAGUGUUUAAUUAAAUGGUUUAGUGCUAUGAGACAGAAAAGAAUUCCUAUCAGUGGUCCUUUGUUAAUAGAGAAAGCUAAUUUGUUUGCUAAAGAAAUGAAUAUAAACUUUAAGUGUACUCCAAGUUGGAUAAGUCGAUUUAAAACUAGACAUAAUAUUGUAAUGGGCAAAAUAAGUGGAGAAUCUGCGAUCGUUGAUAAAACUUGUGUUAAUGAUUGGUUGUCGACUGUGUGGCCAAAUUUACGUGAACGUUAUUCUGCUGAUGACAUAUUCAACGCCGAUGAAACCGGACUAUUUUACAAAAUGAUGCCAGACAAAACUUUAAAGUAUAAAGGUGAGUUUAAGGAUGAUAACUUACUAACACUUUUUACUUUCCUUUAA